AUGGCAGCAUAUUCCACCGGUUCCAGCUGGGGCUUCCCGGAGGACCUCCCAGGCGGAUGGGUGCAUGUGGACGGCGACGGCACGGGCGACGAGACACCGCCAGACUUCCAUAAUUUGAAGCCAACGCAGGCGGGCCCAGAGCAAGCAUCGCCAUCACCAGACCAGCAAUCUGCUCCCGCCGACCCUCCACCCCGCCGCCACUACCCCCCGCGAACAUGCCGCAUCUGCCUCGAAGUCGUCCUCCCGACCUUCCACCCCGUCGAUGCCUCCCCUCUUCCCUCCGCCCUCCAGCCGCCUCCCCGCGUAACCUAUGAAUCCCCACCCGGCGACGGCGGCCGCCUCCUCCGACCCUGCAAGUGCAAAGGCACGCAGAAAUACGUCCACUCCGAUUGCCUCACGGCCUGGCGCCUGCAGGACCCGCUGCAAAAGCGCAAUUACUGGCAAUGUCCGACUUGCAGCUACAAAUACCACCUCCAGCGGCUCUCCUACUCGCGAUGGAUCAGCAGUACGGCGUCACAAGUCGGCCUGACGCUCGCCAUCUUCGUGGUAGGAAUGUUCAUAUUAGGUUUUGUGGCAGACCCGAUCAUCAAUCUCUACCUCGAUCCCAUCACCACGAUCUCCACUGCGGGUGGUCCAACAGGAAGCCUCAUCUUCGAAGACGAGCCGGCGACAUGGGCGGAGCACUUCAUCAAAGGUCUUGCCUCGCUAGGCUUGCUCGGAUUUGCGAAGUUCUUGCUCACGCUGAGUCCAUGGCACUGGUUCAACAUGCGCGGGACGGGCGUCUACGUGGGUGGUAGUGGAGGCAGAGCUGGCGCGACUGGACGGGAUCGCUUGAACCAGAUCAGUUGGGUGACGAUUGUGAUUGGAAUUAUCACUGUUUUGUACGCCGUUUGGAAAGGUGUGAGGGCUUGGUCGAGGAGAACUUUGGAGAAGGCCGGGGAGAGGGUGAUGGAUGUUCCUGGAGCUGACGAGGACGAAGACGAGGACGAGGAUGCUGGUCCGACAGCUGCUGACGACACGACGGGUAACGAUGCACGAUGA